UGCAGCGCACACUGAGGCAGAGAGAGAGAGCGAAUAGUGGAUGGCAGCGAAUGAUUGCGUUUAUUUCUCAGAAGUUGAAUGCACCCCAAUAAAACAGAUAACCCACCCACUGUGAGGAAGCAACACGACACUCCUGUUUACAGCUGAGCACACCACUUGCAUUCACUACACGAGCUGCGCUGCGAUGGCUUCCGAGGGUGACUCCAACAAGCGUGUGCUCCAUCGGGUGAAGGACACCCUCAAGAUCGAGGGCCCCGAUCCCUCCAUCACCGACCUGCUGGACUUCUACCUCAACAACACCAACAUGCACGGCAUGCGCCGAAUCGCAGUCUCAAAAGGGCCCAUCAAGAAGACGAUUUGGAUCGUGUUCUCGCUCAUCGCAGUGGCGAUGGUGUUCUGGCAGGGCAUCCAACUCAUACAGAGCUUCUACUCCAUCGCCGUGUCGGUGACGAUCAACUAUCAGAAGAUGCCCUUUCCAGCCAUCACCAUCUGCAGCCUCAAUCCCUACAAAUACAAUCAGUCCCAGGCUCUGCUGGAGAAGCUGGACAGGAACGCCGCCGUGGCCCUGCACAACAUCGGCAUCGCGGUGACGAACCUCAGCGCAGCGAAGCGGGACGACGAGCCGCUGCCCAUGCCGCUGGUGUGGCUGGACACCACGGUCACCAAUCAAACCGUGGUCACCGAUGUGAUCAGCGGCAAAUUCCACGUUGUGCCGGGGGAGGUGGAAAUGAGGUCGUACUUCAGCCAAAAUUAUCAGUCGUCCGAACCUCUUAUCGCUAUUGAAGUGUGUGGGGAAGAAAAAAAAUGUAUCUACAAUGCCUUCACGUCCGCCAUUGAUGCUGUAAUGCAGUGGUACCGCCUGCAUUUCAUCAACAUCAUGGCCAUUGUGCCCGAGAAGGAUAAGGACAAGCUUGGGUACAGUGCCGAUGAGUUCAUUAUCGGUUGCCUCUUCAGCGGAACUGUUUGCGAUCCCAGCACAAGCUUCAAGAAGUUACAACAUCCAAUCUUGGGAAAUUGUUUCACUUUCAAUGACGGACGCGAUGGGAAAAGUUUGGACAUUGCCUCCGCCGGCAUUGACUAUGGGCUGCACAUGAUUCUUAACACGAGGCAGGACAAUGCCCUACCCUACCUGGCCAUGGGGGCCGGUGCCAAGAUUGGCAUCCACCUGCAGAAUACAACCCCCUUCAUCGAGGCCGUGGGGAUCAACAUCCCCCCAGCCACGGAGUCUUCCCUGGGACUUCGAGUGAACGAUGUCCAAAAACUCGGUGAGCCUUACAGCGACUGCACAAUGGACGGAAGUGACAUCGAUGUAAAAAGCCUCUACGACAGCCCAUACUCGGUGCAAACCUGCCAGAACUCGUGCUUCCAGUUGGAGAUGAUCAAAAGCUGUGGCUGUGCCAAUUACGAGCAACCGCUGCCUGAAGGAUCUCACUUCUGCAACUACGACAACAACCCAGGCUGGGAGUACUGUUACUACCGCCUGUACGACAUGUACAUUAAAGAGGAGCUCAAGUGUAUUCAAGUCUGCCGACAAAUUUGCUCGGAGACGGAGCACGAGGUAACUUUGAGCCUAGCUGACUGGCCGUCCAAAGCAUCUAAGGGGUGGCUGUUGCGUGCGCUUUCUGAAGAGCGAGGACUGCCGGCCAACGACACACUGAAGCCGAGCGACAUUGCCAUUGUCAACAUUUACUUCAAAGAUCUCAACCAGAAGACCAUUUCAGAAUCUCCGGCGAGCAGCAUCGUGACAUUGCUCUCCAACCUCGGAGGGCUUCUGGGGCUCUGGCUGAGCUGCUCUAUGCUGUGCGUCGUCGAGGUGCUGGAGAUCUUCUGCGUCGACUUCCCGUGGAUCCUGCUGAAGAAGCUGCUCGCGACGUGCCGCAGGACCUUCGCGUCCCUCGUCCGCGGCCCCGACCCCGCGCCCUCCGUCCACUUCCCCGUUCAGUUGCCCAUGGGUGGCAGCCCAGCGGAGGACCCGCCCACCUUCCACACGGCGAUGCAGUGCCCGCGCGAGCCCAUUCCGACGCCCAACACGCCGCCGCCCCAGUACGACACCCUGCGCUUGCGCCAAAUCGCCGGCUACGUUCCCGACGAGGGCAGCGACGGAGAGGAUUAGCGCGGAAGCCGCCGGCGCCGCCGUCGGCACUCGUGUCGGGGGUCGGUCCGGAAUUGCCGUCGUUAAGAGCUCACUGACGUGGGAAAUACGUGAAAGCGGAUAUAAGCAGAACUCUGUUCUGUGCCUCCGCAUGAGAGUAAAAAUAAGUUUUAGUUCAACAGCCUAUUGACUUUCCAGAUAAAUAGUAUCGAGCAAUUACCUUCCGGGUCUCAUCAGCGGAGUUAAGAUUUUCUAUAUGAUGUCAGAUUAAAAGAUCUCGUGACAAAAGCUCGCCAUAUAAACAUGGGAUCCCAUUCAAUGCAAAAGGCUGCAAAAAGCAAUGUGCUUUUGUCCAGACAUUACGGAGCAGGAUAAUGUUUAAGUCAUUGUGCCUUUGAAAGAAAUACUUUCCUGAAACCUUAGCCUACUAUAUAGGGUGUACGAAAAUAUAUAAUCCAUUUUAAUGCAAACUAAUUCGGCAGCAUUUUGAAAGGCGUGGUUGAAAUUUUGCCAAAAUGUUCCCUUAAACCAUUGAAGUGACCUUCAGCGGUGCAGAAUGGUUCAACCAUUCAAGACUAUCACCACCUGGAAAUCUCUCAAAACCCUAGGACAUGUGCUGCCAAACGCCACGACGGACAUGUGUAGGUUUAACAAUGUUACCCAUGAGAUCAAAUCUUCAUACCACAGUCCCAAGUUUGUGGGUGUGGAGUUUCACAGUUUGAUCUCAAAACUGAUAGUCUAAUUGUAAUGUAUUACCUCAUGGAUGGAACAUUUUAAGGACACCCUGGAUACUCGCCUGUGUUGAAAUCAAUGGUGAUAGGUUUAACACCGUCAGAUUUGGCACGGUACAUGAAAUACAGAAAUUAAUAUUUGGUACAAAAGAUGUAUUAGCGGAGCCAUCAACAGAAGGUGUGUACAGGAUUAACUGCACUUGUGGUAAAUGUUAUGUUGGGCAAACAGGAACAAUGGUCAGCACGAGACUAAAAGAACAUCAGAGAUAUUUAAUACUCCCAAAUACAACUGUCAGAACACGCGUGCCAACAAGGACACUCAAUUUAUUUGGAUAAUGUUGAAGUUCUGUGCAAAACCAGCUACUACUGGCCAAGACUAAUUAGAGAAUGUAUCGAAAUUGAAAUAAAUAAAUAAAAUGCAACUGUUUGGAUAGCUCCCGUCUUAGUGCUGCGUGGAAGCGAAUCAUCAAAGAAUACAAAGAAUACAUUGUUUAAAUGCACGCCGAUACAAGCCACCAUACUUCCAUAGGGAUUACCGUUGGUACAGCUAUUUUAAUACACAAUGGACAGGAAGGACAAGAUCAAAGGGCUCGCAUAAUGCGCAUGCAUAAUGUACGUUGACUCAUUAAUCCCCCCCACACUUUGCGCAAAAGUGCAGAAGCGUGGUCACCACAUCUACGCCUCUAUAUAAGGAACGAAACAAGUGGACUUCUCCACAAAUCUGGCUGUUGUCUGAUGAAGUAUGGUUGUUAUUACUGGCGAAACCUUGUACUCAGAUUGUAAAUGUUGUGGCUUGGCUCUCCAACGCACCGGUGUUGCUGUACUAGUGACGAAUUGGCCACGUUCUGCUUGUGACAACCCUUACUAGUUGGCUGUGUCGGGUGGUGGCGGGUUUAAUGACACAUUUAUAUAUUUACGCAAUAUAACCCAACAAAACCUCUAUUGUGAAUGGUGAUACGGUUGAUGAAAAAUAAGAAAAGGUUUUGACGCUCUGGCAAUAAAACAGGCAUCAAGUCUGCAUUAACCACCGAUACUUGUGGAAAAACAUGCAGACAAACAUCUGAUAGUAUACGCAUUGUUUUUAAAAUUGAUUGGCCUGCAUUAGAGACAGCCUUCAUUUUUCAACAUCUAAGAGGGUAAAACUUUUUAUUUUUCAUUAUUUUUGAUACUGCCAAAAAGGUCCCCAUAGGUGACGAGGUUGUUUUAGUUCUAUGCUCGUCCACGGCCGCCACCACAGUGGCUCAAGUUUGAUUUGAAAUAUGGCCUCGAAUUGUACCUCCUCAAUGUGCCGCCCACGAUUGCCAGUUUCCGCAUUGAUGCAGCAGAGAUGAUGCUGGACGGCCGUUAGUGGCACGCAACUGGUCCUCCUGUAACUUACCAUCGUACAGGAAAUUGUGGCGUUUCCAUCGCUUUUGUGAUCGCCAAUCGCAAAAUGCACUCCAUAAAAUCAUUCAGUCAUUCAGUAAUAUUUUGCCUCUGCAUUCUUGUAAUCUAACGACUGCUGCUAACGCAAAAAUAUUUAAAGUUUAAACAAUGUUACAUUUUAGGUUGGUAAAUUAGUUGAUCGGAAGGUCCGUGUGUUGUGGGGUGAAGUAUGGGUACUCCCUUCUCUUCCAAAGACGUCUGGUCAGGGUGGAAGAGUAGGCCAAAUUACACUCUGGAGGGGCUGUCUUGACCUCCCUCUAGUGGAGGCAUUUUUUUCAUCCAAUACUGAGCCAAAAAUUUACAUCAACAUCCAGAUUGCAAGUGCAGUCAUCCCAGAACGUGCCAGUGAUUAAUGCUGAUAGAGUUUGGCUGAAGAAUAAUGUUCGAGACUGCCUCUAGCAGGUGUGUGGCCACAGAGAUGUGCAGUGUCUCACCACCACAAGUAUCUCAAUUCUUGAUACAGUAAUCUACUUUACAAUCCUGUAAACUAUUGAAUGUUUCGAGACGUUAUAAUGUACAAUAAUGACGAUAUAUUUUGGCCCGUAGUGUGAAAUGGUUAACACAUUUCUGUAGUGUGAAAAAAGUGAACAUUUCACGUUAGUAGUUCCAGACCUGUUUUCCUUUACUGAAUAGCUUCAUGAAGAAAUAACAGUUGGUCUCAUUAACACAUGCAGUAUAAUAUGUCGUGUGAACGUUGCAUACCUCCAGUUGAGUAUUGCCGUGUUCUCCGGAAUUUAAGUCGCUCCAGAAAGGAAGGUGCACCGAAAACCGGUGCCCGUUGUCAAUAAAGUUGCACAAGAAGUCUUGUUACACACGGACACGCAUGCACGCACGCCUACCAAAUGGGAAGAUACACCACAACUAUUGCUUAACAAUACGGAGGUAAAGUGUGCCUCAUAAUCUGGAGAAUACAGUCGGCAUGGAAAUGAUUGUUAUUGGGUAAAUGUCGUAUAUUUUAAAGAGCCGUUUAGAUUUCUUUAUGCAGGGUAGAAAAAGAUGAGUUCAUACAUUGGCAGCAAUAAUUCAUUUCAAUAAUUAUCAAACUUAGAAUAAUGUGAUUUUAAUGCUAACAAAAUAAUAAUGUGUUUUUAUGCAGCAGAACUUAACUCGUCAUGCAGCAUGUUUAAAUAAUAUAUAUAACAUGUUUACAAAACAAUAUUUAACUUGAUUUAUAUUUCUUUUGCGAAGAAAUCGUUCAGACUAUUUCAUAAAUCAAGGUGGUCAUUGUGCAUUUUCACCACCUCAAACUAUAUUCUGAAAUCACGGGAAGCAUCCUUUUAAGUAUUACACUUCAAUGUAACUAACAUGCAAUAUUGCUUUGAUAAAAAAAAAACUGACAUGAGGCCUCUACAGAUAAUCAUGUUUUAGCUUGUGUUUCACAAAAUAUAUGCAUUAAAUUGUUUAUGUUUGUAUACUGUUGGAGUGUAUUCUGCUAUUUUAAGUUUUAGGACAUUGUAAUGCAUCGAUUUACUGCUAUGCUUCACGAGUGAACAUUCCUUACCUGCGUCUGGCCCACAAGGUGGCUUCCUGUAUCACUACCUCAGGGCCAGAACAAGAAGAGAAAACUUCACUAUUGCGUGGACAUGUUACGUGUGUAGGCAGGUGUAAUUUUCAGUUUACUGAUCUAUGCUAAAUUAAUAUACGGCAUAAAGUCGCAUAUCUAACUGGCUAGGUACUGAGAUAUGUAAAAAGUUGGAUGUUU